GUCACAUACAAGGGGUUAGAUGGUCGGAUGGAUGGAUGGGUUGCAUGGACGGGACUGGCACAAGGAAGCAUCUCCAUCGGGUAGAGCACGCACAUAUGCACCCACUGACUCCGUGUCGAGAGGACUGAUUCGCUCGACUUCCGUCGCGUGACUACCACUGUUGCCAACGCGGCUUGGCUCUCCGGCGCGCCGUUGCCACUGGACGCGUCUGCCAGCCAGCCUCCCGACAUAUUCUCCGCCACCGCUUUCCCAGGGCAGGGAGCGAGCGUGUCGAGCUGGCUGGUCGUGCUCCGUAGUCCCUGAUACCAUCUACUAGUAGUAGUGGCAGCAACAGCAACACGAUGGCCACCAGCGGCGCUCAGCCGAUCCUCGCGUCGUUGCAGCGCAAGCGCAGCCGCAUCCUCCCCGCGCUGCUCCUACUGCUUCUGCUGCAGCGGAAGCGCAUCGCCGCAGCGCUCCUGUCAGCGUCCGUAGGUAACGCCGCCGGUCGACCCGCGCGCCCCCUCUCGGCCGCACUCAAGCUCGCGCAUGCGACAGACGACGAGAUCCAGGCUGCGCUCGAGCAGCUGUACAUCCCCAAUCCGGACGGCUCGCGCACCUUGCUCGUCCCCCACCGCGGCCGCGUGUCCAAGGUGCCCAUAAAGCCGACGCAGUCCGAGACGUUCCGUCAGCACUAUCACGAAUUCAGCAAGCUCCCCAUCCUGCCUUCUGCCAGUACUACCACCAACAAGGGGAAAGAGGUCCAAAAGGGCGAUGCUGCUGCUGCCAGCGACGAAAAGGGCCAGCGUGCGUUGCAGGAGGCGAAGGUGAUCCGCGACCAGGGCGGUGCGGCAGCCGCCAGCGCGAAAAAGGUCGGCGUGAACAAGGAGUUCUUCCGGCAGCUGCAGGCUAUUUUCCGCAUCAUCAUCCCGCGGUGGCACUGCAAGGAGUCGUACAUCUUCCUGCUGCACACCUCCUUCCUCGUCCUGCGCACAUACCUCUCGCUGCUCGUCGCACGCCUCGACGGCGCGAUCGUUGGCGACCUCGUCUCGGCCAACGGUAAAGGCUUCCUCCGCGGCCUGGGCCUGUGGUUCGCGCUGGCCGUCCCGUCGACGUACACAAACUCGAUGAUUCGCUACCUGCAGUCCAAGCUCUCCAUCGGCUUCCGCACGCGCCUUACGCGCUACGUGCACGACCUCUACAUGAGCGACAGUCGCAACUACUACAAGAUCAUCAAUCUCGACGGCAGGCUCGACAGCGCCGACCAGUUCAUCACGUCCGAUGUGGCGCGCUUCUGUGACACGCUCGCCUCGCUCUACUCGAACGUCUCCAAGCCGACGCUGGACUUGCUCAUCUUCAACUACCAGCUCGGCAAGGCCCUCGGUGGGCCAGGCAUCGUCGCGCUCUUUGGCAACUACCUUCUCACCGGCUGGCUCCUGCGCAAGAUCAGCCCGGCGUUCGGCAAGCUCGCCGCGAUCGAGGCAAAGCUUGAGGGCGACUUCCGCGCCGCACACAGCCGCAUCAUCACCAACGCCGAGGAGAUCGCCUUCUACGAUGGUGCCAGCACAGAGUUUGGCAUCCUCGAGCGCGCCUACAUGCGCCUCAUUCGCCACGUCAACUCGAUCCUCAAGAUCCGUGUCACGUACUCAAUGUGCGAAGACAUGAUCCUCAAGUAUGCCUGGUCUGCCGCCGGCUACGUCAUCAUCGCCUCGCCAUUCCUCUUUGGCAAAAAGAAGCCAUCGCAGGACGAGGUCGCUGCCGCCAAGGUCGAUGUGGACCAGACGGGGUCGCGAAAGCAGAAGAGCCAGGUAGCAAAGCAGACGGAAAGUUACAUCUCCAACCGCAGGCUGCUCCUCUCCCUCGCCGAUGCCGGUAGCCGGCUGAUGUACAGCUACAAGGAGCUCGCCGAGCUGGCGGGCUACACGUCGCGGGUGUACACGCUCCUCUCAACGCUGCACCUGCUCGACCGGAACAAGUUCCAGGCACUGCCGCGCCCCAUGGACAUGCCCGCAUCGCAGACGUUCUAUGACCUAGGUAACAUUCAGGGCAACGUCCGCGAGGGGGUCGACCAGGUCUCGUUCGACAGGGUCCCCAUCGUUGCGCCCGCGCCGGGAAUGGAGCGCGGUGGCGAGGAGCUGGUCAGGAACCUGUCGUUGCAUAUCAAGCCCGGGGAGCACAUCCUCAUCACGGGCCCCAAUGGCGUCGGCAAGACGGCGAUCGCGCGCGUCAUCGCGGGGCUCUGGCCCGUCUUUGCCGGCGAGCUGGCCAAGCCGAGCGACAAGGACAUUUUCUUCCUCCCCCAGCGGCCCUACCUGUCCACUGGCUCGUUGCGCGACCAGGUCAUUUACCCGUACUCGAACCCGGAGCACGUCGCCACAGGCCGAACCGACGCUGAGCUGCAGCAGCUGCUCGCGGAUGUCCAUCUAGCUUACCUGCCCGAUCGUGAGGGCGGCUGGGAGACGCGCAAGGAGUGGAAGGACGUCUUGUCUGGCGGCGAAAAGCAGCGCAUGGGCAUGGCCCGCUUGCUGUACCAUCAUCCCAAGUUUGGCAUCCUCGACGAGUGCACCUCUGCCGUUUCGACGGACGUCGAGGGGCUCAUGUACACGCGCGCUAAAGACAUGGGCAUCACGCUCAUCACCAUCUCGCACCGCCCUUCGCUGUUCAAGUACCACUCGCUCCUGCUCCGUCUCUCUGGCGAGGACGGCGAAUGGGACUUGAGCCAGAUCGGCGGCGAGGAGGAGCUGAUGAGCUUCGCCGAGGAGAUCGCCGACCUUGAGUCCAAGCUGAAGGAGGUCGAUAGCUGGAAGAAGCGCGUCAGCGAGAUUCAGAGCGAGCUCUCCUUCUCCACGCAGACGUGAUUACCAAGCCCAGGCGGGUGGUUGAGCAAUUUAACCAGAAACCUCCCCAAAGAUGCCCCGCACACAGCCAAGUGUAGUGCCGGUAUACGAUUACUAAGUAACGCGGUCGGUAUUUGGUCUUCUGUAAUUUCGAACGAUGCUACAUGUAUACUUUGGCUUUCC